GAAGCAAUAAAAUUAGAAUUAUCUCACCCUUAAGAAAAGAAAGCAAAAGAAUUGUUUAAAUUUCAAGUUUUUGCACACUCACAACAUAAGGCAAGGCAAUCAACAUAUUUCACAUUUGAGCUAUCAAAGUUUGAUAGUAGAGGAAACUAAAACAACAAAUUAAACGUGAGAAGAGAGUGCUGGUGAUAGUAGGAAUGGCAACGCCGAGGCCAAGACGUGGUGGCGCAGCCGGUCCGACUAGACCGAGAACGUUUGGCGUCCGGCCAGUUUACGAAGAUUUUAAACCUGUUUCAGAAUGGUCACAAGAUAAUGAUACUUAUAUUCUCACCAUUCAAGUUCCAGGUUUCAUGAAGGAUCAACUCAAAGUUUCCACCGUAGACCAGAACUUCAUCAGAGUACGUGGAGAACGCCUGGUUGCCGGCAACAAAUGGAGCCGUUUCCAGGAAGACUUCCAGGUCCCGGAUAACAGCGAACUAACAUCAGUUCGAACCAAGCAUGGAGAAGGAACUCUAAUUGUUACUGUCCCAAGAAAGAAUGUUGCCGGUAAAACACUUGCAACCAAAAAGGACGAAAACAAAACCAGUCAAGCAUCCCUCAGCCCUCCCCCAAAAGCUCACGAUCAAGUCCUUCCUCCUGAAACUACAGGCAUGGAAUCUCCCGGCGAACCCAAUCCUGAUCAGCAGAGCCAGGUUAAAGUUACUCCCACGGCUAGUACUAGCAAGCCGAUAACAGAUGACAAAAGUUUAAAACCAGCUCCCGGGGUUCGGAAAACAUCAGGUGAUCAUCUGAUUACGAAAAUAGGAAGACAAGAAGAUGAACAAAAGAAUCAUGUAGAGAAGGAGAAAAGCCCAGAAAUGACAGAGAAACCUGCUGCACAUGAAAGUAUUGUGGAUAAGGCUGGGAAGAAGAUUGUUGAUGACAAAAGUUUGGAACUACUAAGAAUUAAGAGAACGUCAGGUGAUCAUCUGAGUACUAGAACUGGACAGCAAGAAGACGAACAGAAAAGAUAUAUUGAGAAAAAGGGAAUCCAAGAAACCAAAGAGAAACAUUUUACACCAGAAAAUGCAUCAUCGAAGGAUAACAUUGGAAAAGGUAAAGAAAUAAGUCCUGAAGAUAAUAAGAUCAUAUCCGAGAAACAAUCAAGUGCAGUUCAUGAUUCUCCUGAUCAUGAUCUUGAUGCUGUGAAAUUGGAACUGAAGAAGCAGAAGAAGAAAUCAGUUAAAGGACUUGGUGAGCUGAAUGGAGAGAGGCAAUUGCUGGUGAAUAUGGGGGCAGCACUGCUUGUCAUUGUUGGACUAAGUGCUUAUGUCUCCUACAAAUUUGCAUCUCAGAAUGAUAAACAUUAGCUAGAUAUAUACUAAAUGAUGUAUAUCAGUAUAUGUAUAUAUGCAGAUAGGCCUGUAUGGCUGUAUAUGCAGUUCCCAGUUGAAUAAACGAAUUAAUUGUGUGAAAUGAAAAGCAACAAGUUCUCUAAAUCUAUUAAUUCAUUAGAGGAUAAA